UCUCUGAAAAAACCCAAACAGUCCAGAAUUUGAAUCAUCAGUCAACUAAGUCAUUUCACCGGACAAUACGUGACGUCCCCGGCGUCCCCACAGAGGCAGAGAAGUCGGUUGAGAAAGCUCUGAGCUUCUGGACUUUCCUAGCAGUGACCAGCCCGAAUGGUGCGUGAUGUAGUUAUCGCUGAAGCGCAGGACAGGCUAGCCAGGCUAACUAGCUUAGCUACCCCAAUACAGACAGACAUGGCAGCGCAGUCAGGUCCGCGCUGUGCUGACGGUCAUGGAGUAGUGGAGGGAUUCCCUUUCCCUGCACCCGCCAAGCAGUCUGAGGAAAGCUCGGCUAAAGAGCAGAGCGAGGCCGCAGGUGUGAGAGAGAAGCCGUGCAGAGCUUGUACAGAUUUUAAGUCCUGGAUGAAAGUUCAGAAGAAGCAGACGGCCUCGGUCGCCGCGCAGGUGGCUGAAGAGAACGAAAAAGCUGUGGAGUGUCCACUGGACAGACAGGAGCUUGGCAGGAGUACAUGGUCUUUUCUCCACACAAUGGCGGCCUACUACCCUGACACACCCACCACAGCACAGCAGCAAGAAAUGACUCAAUUCAUCAAUCUGUUUUCAAAGUUUUUCCCCUGUGAAGAGUGUGCCGAGGAUUUACGAACAAGACUGAAAACAAACCAGCCGGACACCAGCAGCCGCCACGACCUCUCACAAUGGCUGUGCCGUCUCCAUAAUGGCAUUAACAUCCGAUUAGGCAAGCCAGAGUUUGACUGCGGCAGAGUGGACGAGCGGUGGAGAGACGGCUGGAAAGAUGGCUCUUGUGAUUGACGCUGGCAUACCCUGCACAGCUGACCCACCAGGAAAAAUAAAACAGACCUAUCAGUUAUUUUGAUCUCGUACCCUGUGGUCAUAAGGAUUGUAACUGGUAGUGGCCAUUAUGUGUCCCAUAAAUGUGUUAUACACGAUGAAUAAUAUGUAUGACUGGCUCAAUACAAAGAUGUUGAAUAUUUUCACUGAUGUAUUUGUAAUUCAGAGUCCGUUUGCCUGUAAAGAUAAUUUAGUGUA